CUGCUUGCAGACUCGGCUAGCGACGUCAAGGAGAACGUACACACGUCAGACAACCUGCAGCAGACCGCCGAGCCGAUGGUCGACGUACAGCAUGGCAAGAAACGCCCCGCUCCCGCCGCCGCCGUCACCGCCGACAACGACGAUGACGACACAGAGGGCGCCGCCGCUCCGAAGCGCCGCAAGAAGGCGCGACAACGCAGCUUCGGGCCGACGGCACCGAAGAACGCACUCGUGCAGCUGAACGAGAUCAAGCCGGGUCUGCAGUACGCGCUGCUCACACAGUCCGGGCCCGUGCACGCGCCCGUAUUCACCAUCUCCGUCAGCGUCAAUGGGGAGCUGUACGAAGGAAGCGGGCCGACAAAGAAGAAGGCUAAGCUGUGUGCCGCGGAGAAGGCGCUGCGCUCGUUCGUUCAGUUCCCGAACGUGUCGGAAGCGUACCGCGCGAUGGGCAUGGGCGUGCGCAGCGCUGACUUCACGUCCGACGCGGCCGAGACCCACGACACGACGCUGUUCAACGCGUUCGACGGAGAAUGCCCCGACGCAGACACCCCGCCGCCGCCGCUGCAGGAGAACGGCGUAGGGGGCGCUGCUGCUGCUGUCGUCGCCGGCAUCGUGCAUCCGCCGGUGGGAGUGAAGGCCCCGGUUCCCGCGCACCCGAUGGGUAAGAACCCCGUCAUGCUGCUCAACGAGCUGCGCCCGGGACUCAAGUACGAGUUCGUGUCCGAGACCGGCGAGAGCCACGCAAAGAGCUUCACGGUUGCCGUGACGAUCGACGCGCAGGUGUUCCAGGGCUGCGGCCGCAACAAGAAGAUCGCCAAGUCUCGCGCCGCGCAGGCCGUCCUCUCAAACAUGUACAAGAUGGAGUUUGCGUCGGCGCCGGCCGCGCAGCCGAUCCCAUGCGAGGGAAUCCAGCUGAGCGUUCCGCAGGUUCUCGCUGACAGCGUACACGCGCUCAUCAUGGAGCGAUUCCGCGCGCUCACCGACAACUUUGCGUCGCCGCACGCGCGGCGUAAGGUUCUCGCCGGCUUCGUGAUGACGGUGGGCGAGGACAUCCGUAACGCGCGCGUCGUGGCGCUGGCCACCGGCACCAAGUGCGUGAACGGUGAGUACAUCAGCGGCCGCGGCCUCGCUCUCAACGACGCUCACGCUGAGAUCAUCGCCCGCCGUGCCCUCCUCACCUUCCUCUACGACCAACUCGCGCUGCACCUCAUGCCAGAGGGCGCCGCCGCGUCGAUCUUCCGUCGCAGCGACGAGGGCGAUGACGACGACGACGACGACGGGGCGUUGUUCCGGCUGCGGGACGGGGUGAGGUUCCACCUGUACAUCAGCACGUCGCCGUGCGGAGACGCUCGCAUCUUCUCCCCGCACGAGGUCAGCUCGGACACGGACGGAGACCGACACCCGAACAGGAAGGCGCGCGGGCAGCUGCGCACGAAGAUCGAGUCCGGGGAAGGAACGAUCCCGGUGAAGGCGGACACGGCCAUCCAGACCUGGGACGGCGUGCUGCAGGGCGAGCGACUGCUCACGAUGUCCUGCUCAGACAAGAUCUCGCGCUGGAACAUGCUCGGCCUGCAGGGGGCGCUGCUGUCGCACUUCUGCGAGCCUAUCUAUCUAAACAGCAUCAUCCUCGGCAGCCUGUACCACGCCGAGCACUUCUCGCGCGCCGUCUACGACCGCGUCAGCCACCGCGAGGCGCUACCGUCGCCGUUCCACCUCAACAAACCCAUGCUGAGCGGCAUCUCGAACCCGGAGGCGCGGCAGCCGGGCAAGGCGCCGAACUUCUCCGUCAACUGGACGGUGAGUGACGACGAGCUGGAAGUGGUGAAUGCGAUGACGGGCAAGGCUGAGAGCGGGCGGCCGUCGCGGCUGUCCAAGCAGGCGCUCUUCACGCGCUUCCACGCUCUGUACGCGAGCAUCGGGCCGGGCGCGAGCGAGCCCCCGGACGCGCGACCCCGCCUCUACUCCGAGGCGAAGGCUCGCGUCUCCCUCUACCAGCAGGCGAAGCAGCAGAUGUACAAGGCGUUCCAGUCGGCCGGUCUCGGCACCUGGGUGAAGAAACCCGUCGAACAGGACGAGUUCGAGACGGACGGGAAAUUCGACGACGUUGUCAUCGACGACGAAGGCGACGCGGUGAUGGGAGACGGCGGCGACGGCGUUGCCGUGGCGACCGCUCAGCAGGCAUAACGACGCGCCCGCGUGCUCCCUCCCCCGUCUCCUCCUCCCCGUCCCGCGCGCAGCUGCUCUACGGUGAUUCUCCGCGCGACGGGUUGCCGUGGCGACGGCGCCGGAUGCAGACUUCAUGCGUACGGUUUGCCGCGGCGAUGAGAGCGCGAGCAUCUGCUUUCUGUGAGACACAGACGUGUGAGCAGCGGUAACGAUCGGUCAAACACGAUGACCGGCCUGCCGAUAUACUGACCGGUCACGCGCGCAUUGAAUGGCCACGGACGGGCUGUACCCCCCACCCAUACGCUCACCAGCUGCACCCAUCACUAGAGACCUGCACCACUGACCUGCACUCAGUGGUUAAACCCACACUGACCAGUUAAACCUGCACUCAGUGGUUAAACCCACACUGACCAGUUAAACCUGCACUCAGUGGUUAAACCCACACUGACAGGGGAACAGCGACUAGUAGAAGCUAAACUGUCCAGUUGAACUUACCCUGUUCAGUCGACUCAACACGUAUAGACAUUACAUGGCUUUACGCGCGAAACCUGGCUCUAGCGCGUCCGUAUGACGUCACAAGCGCGAGAGUUUUGUCGCGACGUGAGCUCACUCGAUAGAAUGGCGCAGUAGCCAAUGAGCAGUGAGCGUGGACUGGCCGACCCACAACGCACUAGGGUCAGUGUGUGUCGCGGACGGCGAUAACACGGGUUCCGCCCAGAGCCGCUAGAUGUCGCUAGGUGUCGUUAGUGUCUGGGUGCUAAAACGAAUAGAUAGGAAGUGCGUUUGUGAUAGAUGCUGUGUUGAUUGAGAAAUCUCACUAUCUUGACUGCUGAAUCUUAAAAUUGAUUUUUCGACAAGCCGUAUAGCGAUCAAUGGUUCUGUAUAUAUUCUGGGGUUAUACGAAACAGGAAUCUAAUUUUCAUUACACAAGUCGAGUUUGUCUAGCAAGCAACAUCUAGCUAGCGACGUUGUGAUUUUAUUUUUAUCUGGAUCUGAUGUCUUACUAGAUACGAUUAUGUAACUUUGCACGGUGGUUUAUGCUGUUGCAUCUUCUUGGUAUUAUGUCUCACCAGAUGUGUUUCAUCACCACGUUAGUUAUAUUAUUGUAAUGCUUGUGUUUUCAAAUUUCUCGCAGUUCCUUCUGCUGGAAUUUGAGAUGGUGAAUGGUUUUAAACGCAUGAACAGACACUUUAUCAUUUUUAUAGUAUAUUCCUUAUUAGACCAUUCCAUGGAGGUUGGAAUCAAUUAUGUCAACAAGCAGAUGUAUAGAAAAUCCCUGUCGAACAUCUAUGAGAAACGGGAUUGCAGGCUGCAAAAUUCAUUGCAAAGCUGGUGUUUAACUCUGUUGUAUCUGCAUGCUUGUUAAUUUCAUUGCCAGGGUCAGAAAACCAGAUUACAGUAGUGAAGCAGAUGAAAAUUUCCAGAACCAAUAGAGAUGACUUGUGUGAAAAGUAGUGUGUUAUAGUGUGUUUGUUCUUGAGUUCUCAGCCCCACCAUGUAUAUGUUAGCACAUAAUUAUAUCCAUUUUGGUAUUCGUUAUUUCGUAGAAUGUUUUCUGACAGCCAACCAUUGUUCCAAUCAGGAACUAAACCUGGGCUUCAUCAAUUAAAUGUACGUUUAAAUGUUUUAAAAUA